UUUUAGCAAGUUACAGCCUGUAGCAACUUAUAUGUUGAAGUUUCUACACCUCCCUUAAUUAUUCUAAUCUAUAUACUAUGAAACUAAAACGUAAUAUAGUUUGAAUUAGUCAGUCUGGACUAUUCAAUUUGUUUGUUCAACUUUAAAAUACACUAAACUAUACUAAUUUUCUCCCAUAAACUUGUUUAGCAUUUCUAUUUUGCUUCAAAUCUUGGCAUCUGCGUUUGACUAUUUCAGGUGAUGAGUGUAUAAUAUCAAAGAAAACAUACAUCCUGACAGAAGCAGUUUAUAUAGAGCAUUUGGCCAUGAAAUUUUUUCACUUUUUUUUCGGGAGUUGAACUCCGGAUAGUUAUUCAACUACUACCUUAGAAGGUAGAUGCAGCAGGUAAAGGGGCUAUACCAUAACCAUAAAACAAAUUGGUUUGGUCAACAAUAUAAGGAUAGGUGUGAGGUCAUUAAUUACCUAAUUGGAUUAUUUUAUUGUUCUUUCUCCAUCUUUGUUUAGGAGCCAAGAUUUUUUGGUUAUAUUGAUUUUUUUUAGGAACGAGAUCAAGAAAUUCUACUCUGUAUAUAUACCUCCAUAUAACAUCAUUUCAUCAACUUGGAGCAAUCUAUCAUAAUCCUAAUUUAUUAUUCUUGAAAUUAUGACUAUCAAAGUCCAUGGUAACCCCAUGUCAACUGCAACCAUGAGAGUUGUUGCUUGCCUCAUUGAGAAGGAUUUGGGUUUUGAGUUUGUCUUUGUUGAUAUGGCCACUGGUGAACACAAGAAGCACCCUUUCCUUUCCCUCAAUCCUUUUGGUCAAGUACCAGCAUUUGAAGAUGGGGACUUGAAGCUCUUUGAAUCAAGGGCAAUCACUCAGUACAUUGCUCAUGUUUAUGCUAGCAAUGGCUACCAACUAAUACUCCAAGAUCCAAGCAAAAUGCCCAUUAUGUCAAUAUGGAUGGAAGUAGAAGGCCAAAAAUUUGAACUACCUGCUUCAAAACUAACAUGGGAGUUAGGCAUAAAACCAAUGAUUGGCAUGAGCACUGAUGAUGCUAUUGUGAAGGAAAGUGAAGAACAAUUGUCUAAGGUUCUUGACAUAUACGAAACUCGAUUAGCAGAUUCAAAAUACUUAGGUGGCGACUCUUUUACACUUGUUGAUUUGCACCAUAUACCAAAUAUAUACUAUUUGAUGAAUACAAAAGUAAAGGCACUGUUUGAUUCGCGCUCUCGUGUGAGUGCAUGGUGUGCUGAUAUAUUGGCAAGGCCAGCUUGGGUGAAGGGCUUGGAGAAGCUGCAAAAAUGAAAAAAAUAAAAUCAUGAGUUAAUGGAUGACCAUAUACAUGUUUUUCCAUAAGCAUUUCUGUCUUAAUAUGUUGUGUUUCCUGUCUGAAGUUGUUUGUCUUGCAAUACAAUAAACAGUGAUCAAUAUCUAUGUGAUUUACUAGUUGUACUGAUAUAUACGGUACAUUCAAACUUAUAAAAUAAUUACAUGCAAUGUUUUUGUGAUGA